UGAGAAUAUGACAACUUAAUUCCUUCCCUGUUCCCCCCCCUGAGGCUCUAUUAUUUUUCUUUCUUUUGUCUUUUCAUAUACUCAGCUUCUCGUGCCGCCUGCCACACCUGCCUGCCAAGCUGCAGCUCAGAUGGGCGCGGCUGGGACCGGAGCCCAAAUCUGUGUUUUGACUCGCCUGGGAAAGUUGAGCGAAAAGGCACAAAAGAAACGCAGGGAGUUUGGGGGAACAUCCCCGCACGCUCUGCGCGUCAGCUCCACACUGACGCAUUGUUCUUCCGCAGGAUAAGUGUCUGCGUCCUGAGAGGAACCCGACCGCUGCAAGGAGAGCGCCUGAAGUUUCCAGAGACACAAAAGUACUCCGCAUGUGAUCCACCGCGGGGUCUGAUGUGGUUCUCAGCGUUCAGAUGAGAGAUAGGAUGGGAUGGACGAGUUAACAAGGCAGAUGGAGAUCUCGGGAGAAAAGGUUCUGACAGAAACAGUGACCUCCACCACCCGACUGACUUCUCUCCCACCAAAGGGAACCAGCGGAUCAAAUCACAGGAAUAUGUCCAGCGGUGCCGGAGGGCUGGGUUUUGAGAAGAAUGUCUUAACGCAGAACAGCAGUGGGACCUACUUCUCUUCAUCCUCUAUAGGUGUGACGAGUAACUACAGCUCCUCCUCAGGAAUCUACCUGGGAGGAGAUUCCUCUGGAGGAGGUGAAGGUGGCGGAAGCUACAUAGAUGGAGAGGGCUAUGGGAGCGGAGGAGGAGGCAGAGGAGGAGGAGGAGGAAGCAGUGGAAGCACUUAUCUCGUGAGCUCCGUGUCAAAGGUUCGGUCCAGCUCGUCGGGCGGCGCCAGGAGAGCUCAGACUGGGGGGUCGUCAGUGGGGCUGUCGCCAGGUUUCAGAGAGAGGAAGACCAUAGCCAGCCGCUCGGGAGGCUACGACGGGAGUUCCAGUGGUAAUUCCUCCCCAGAAUUUCCACGCAAAGACUAUGGGAACUACUGCUCCGGUGCCACUAGAGGGAGGAGUGAAAGCAGAGAGAGCGAGAUCAGAGCCAGACUGCAAAGUGCCUCCCCAUCUGCCGGAAGAUGGGCAGAGUUGGAAGAUGUGAAGAAGCUGCUGAAGGGACGCUCCAGCAGCGUCAGUCCAACCCGCUCCUCCGCCUCAGUCACCCUGCCAGUCCCUAAAAAAGCCAGCGUGGAGACCAAGACCGUCUCAGUGGGCACUCAGUCAGCCUCAACUCUAUUUGAACCUGUUGUUCAGACGAAUGGGUUCAACACUAUCGACGUGUCGAGCCUCCAUGACAGCAGACUGACAUCCAGGCUGCACCACCCUGGUGUCCAAACAGGCCAACACACUGUCACAGUAAAGCCAUGCCACUGUGACGCUGGAGUCAAAUCCAGCCAGUAUGACGUGAGCCUGAGUUCAGGUCAGUACGAUACUGGUCUGAAGUCAAGCCAGUAUGAUGUUUGUCUGAGCUCAGGCCAGUACGAUACCGGUCUGAGAACCGGCCGAUAUGACAUGAGUCUGAAAUCAGGCCAGUAUGACACCACUGGGAGAUCAGGCCAAUACGACACCCUGGAUUCAGCCUUUCCCACUUACUCCUGGUCCACCUCCACUUUGCCCUCCUCCUCCACAACCGUCGUCGCUGGCAACACCAGCAGCUACACCUAUCAGCUCGGUCAGGUCAGCGCCAACAACAGGUCGGGAGGCUCCCCGCCAAUCAGUCCCGUCCCACAGCAGUCUCUAUCAGUUUAUGGUUUUCAGAAUAAUCUGGCUCCCACCUCUAUCGGUGUGCUCACCACCAGCGGCGGCAACGUAACCGCUAACCUGGGAGGGUACGGCGUCCAGAAGAACAUGUCAAACGGCAGUGCUGUCAUAAGCUCAGGGAUCUCUACAGCCACCAGGUCCCAAACCGAUGAUGUCUACAAGAGAGACUACAGAUAUAUGGCCUCUGAGAAGGAGAACGUUCCUGCCAGGAGGGAGGGAGAAAUGCUCAUUCUGGCAAAAGACAGCGGCAAGCAGUUCACCACCACCAGCAGCACUCAUAUCGGAGGAGGUUCACUUUCAGGAGACUCAAUAAAGAAGGAGAAGCUUAUAUCCAGCUACGUUGACACGGGCACUCUGAAAGCAGAGACAGGCAAUUCAUACUACGGAUCAUCCGGAGUCCUGAUGAAAGAUAAGGCAACCUAUGCAGAGAUUCACAGAGACAGCGGCGUCUUUGGGGGAGGAGGACUAUGCUGCUGCUCCGACUCCUGCUGCUCCUGGUGGAAGUGGCUGCUGGGUUUGCUGCUCCUCGGCCUGCUUCUGCUCGGGCUCCUGUUUGGCCUCAUCGCACUGGCCGAGGAUGUGAGGAAGCUCAAGAAGCGAGUGUCGACUCUGGAGACCGAUAUCUCGGUUGCCAAUGCUCGCACCAGUCGGCUGUGGGGUCCUUCCAAUGACAUCAACACCUAUGUGAGCGGCGGAGGGGGAGGCACCGACAACACACUCAUCCUCGGAUUCGGAGGUGCCGGUGGAGGUGGCUCAGACUCCAAAGCGCAAAUCAGUAUUGCUGGUGCUGGUGCUGGUGCAGGCGGAUCUGCCAGUCGGAAUGAUGUUGAUGUCGGCGUUGUGGGUGUCGGUGGAGCUGGAGGGGUUGCGGGAGCUGGAACUGGCUCCAGUAGCAGCUCUGGUACCAGUAUCAGUGGGAGCGCCGGCAGUGCUGGUACCAGCUUGAGCGGCGGUGCUGGGAGUGCCGGUGCUGGGAGUGCCGGUGCUGGGAGUGCCGGUACUGGGAGUGCCGGUACCAGUUUCGUCACUGGCACCAGCGUUGGGACCAGCGGUGGUGUCAGCGGUGGGGUCAGCAGCGGUGGGGUCAGCGGCGUUGGGACCAGCGGUGGGACCAGUGGUGGGACUGGAGUGAGUGGAAGAUACAUAGAUAGCGCCUUCCUUCAGUUGGCCAUUCAUCAAAUGUUGAGGUCAGAAAUGCAGUCACAGGCAUUCAGAGGCUUCCUGGCAUCCUCAGUGCAGGGAGAGAGGGGAUUACCUGGGCCUAAAGGGGACUCUGGAUUGAAAGGGGAACCUGGUUUCCCUGGAAUUCCAGGCGCACCAGGUCCAAUGGGACAUGCUGGUCCUGAAGGUCCCAAAGGACAGAAAGGAAGCCAAGGUGAGCAUGGAGUGGACGGGCCACCAGGCAUCAGGGGCCGCGAAGGACCACCGGGGCCAAGAGGCGACCAAGGACCUGCAGGCUUUGGAGUCAAAGGGGAUAAAGGUGAAGCUGGAUCUGUUGGACCUGCUGGGGCCCCUGGACAAAAAGGUGCACAAGGAGUCCAAGGCUCGCCUGGUCCUCAGGGUUUCCGUGGCGAGGCAGGACUACCUGGACCAAAAGGUGAUCGAGGGCUUGCUGGAUUCCAAGGACUCAAAGGUGAAACAGGUGAAAAGGGAGUCCGAGGUCUGCAAGGGGAACCUGGUUUACCAGGACCAGCAGGAGAGAAAGGCUCCAAAGGAUCUGCGGGUGACCAGGGACCGUCUGGACCUCCUGGAAUCAGGGGUUCUGCAGGGCCUCCUGGAGAUGCUGGACUUCCAGGAACACCAGGGCUUCAAGGACCACCAGGAAUUCCAGGAAAUCCUGGCCGACCAGGAGCCAAAGGUGAACCCGGUCAACCUGGACGAAUCAUCAAUGCGGCCGGCUCUGCUUCUGUUGGCAUCCCAGGACCACCUGGACCUGCUGGGCCCCCGGGUCCCGCUGGUCCUCCCGGACUAUCAGGUCCCAUUGGCCCUGCUGGCCUGCCUGGACCACCUGGUCCUAAAGGUGACAGAGGACAUAAGGGAGAGCAGGGAGAGACUGGAAUAACCAGGGAAACCUUCAGUUCAUCUACAGCAGAGAGGCAGUUCGGUGCUGGAGGAAGCUCCUCUUUCCGUGCCAUACCUGGGCCACCGGGUCCACCUGGGCCUCCCGGACGUCCAGGCGACUCCAGACAAGGACCUCCAGGACCACCCGGGCCUCCAGGGCAGCCAGGUUACGGGAUACCUGGACCUAAAGGAGAAAAGGGAGAUGUGGGUUUCGCGUCCAGCUCAGGAACAUAUUAUUCUGGACCGCCAGGACCUCCUGGACAGCCUGGACCCAAAGGAUCAACAGGCUCUCCUGGACCCCGCGGAUACACAGGUGAGCAAGGCCCACCAGGCGCGCCUGGGACACCAGGAAGAGCAGGAAGCUCCAUUGCGUAUGGAGGAAACGCAGUUCCUGGACCACCGGGUCCACCGGGGCCUCCUGGACUCCCAGGGUUACCUGGAGUGAAGGGAGACACUGGAGCUCCAGGAAUUCCCGGAGCAUCGAGAGGUUCAGUCUCAGUCACCUCUGGCCCUGCUGGUCCCCCAGGACCCCCAGGGCCUCCUGGCCUGCCGGGUUCCUUCGCUUCCUCCACUGAGAUGCGGCAGUACAUUUCAGACUAUCUGAGUAGAUACAGACUGAGCAGCAUACCUGGCCCUCCAGGUCCACCUGGGCCUCCAGGACUCCCAGGAACCUUCUCAGGGUCUAUAGACGACAUCUCUACUCGCAUUAUUGCAUACCUGCGACGUUCAGACUCAGGCUUCAGUAUCGGCGUUCAGGGACCUCCAGGACCGCCCGGUCCUCCUGGGCCCGCCUCUGGCUCCCUGACUGUCAGCGCUCUCAUCGCCAUGCUUCAGAGAGAUGACGUGAGAAGAUAUUUGUCUGGACCACCUGGGCCUCAAGGACCUCCCGGACCCCCAGGGGCCUCAGGAGGACUCUCCGGCACUUACAGAAUAGAGGAGAUAGCCACAUAUGUCUUCAACAUCAUGAACGAGAGGGGGAUUGCGAGAGGCCCGCCAGGUCCACGAGGUCUACCGGGCCCCCCCGGCGCCCCAGCCGCGGGAGGCUCUGGCUUCACCACCGCUACCAUCGACUACUCGGCUCUGAUGCGAAAUUCAGAUUUCCGCUCCUGGAUCACUUCCACUGUGCAGCAAGGUCCUCCUGGUCCUCCGGGUGUCCCAGGGCUACCUGGGCCUCCCGGUCCUCAGGGGCCCCCAGGGGUCUCCACGGCGACGGUGUACGGAUCGGGAGGGCGUGGCUACAGCUUGGAGGAAAUUCAGCGCUACCUGCAGGGUUCUGGACUCAGGGGUCUCCCUGGACCCCCCGGCCCCCCGGGUCCCCAGGGGCCACCGGGCAGCGUCACCGGAUCAGUGACCUACAGUGGAAAUUUCCCUCGGGAGAGCAUCCGCGCCGAAAUUCAACAGUAUCUGUCUAGCGACAGCGUUCGACGUACCAUUGUCGGGCCUCCGGGUCCCCAAGGUCCGAAGGGUCAGAAGGGAGAACGCGGAGAGCCUGGCUACUCGCAGAGUUACGUACAGAGCCAAAGCUACCAACAGAGCGACGAUCGCUACGGCUCCCAGCGCAGAGACGUGGAUGUCAGCAGGCUCACCGAGACGCUCGACUACUCCAACGUCGCCAUGAGGGUCACAGACUAUAUUAAGAAUCAAGGCCUGCUGCAGCAGUACCUCUCAGACGGUUCAUGGAGGACAAACGUCCGAGCAAUUCAAGGACCCCCAGGUCCACCGGGCCCUCCAGGACCACCCGGCUACAGCCGUGUGAUUGGCUCCUACGGCAACGUCACGGCUGACCUGAUGGACUUCUUCAGGAGACACGGCACCGUUCCCGGCCCGCCAGGAAGCCCAGGUCCAAAGGGAGACAGAGGGUACCCAGGACCCAAAGGAGACAAGGGUGAUCCAGGACCUCCGGGUUUACCUGGAAUCCCAGCGCCCCUCACUGUCCAGAUUCCACACAAAGUGCGAAAGAGAGAAGCAGGCGAUAAAGUGGCGGUUCGUCAAAAGCGUCGUCGACGUCAAGCCGGGUUCGGCUGAAGGCCGUCCUGCUGGCCGACGCAAAAUUCCACAUCAGCUUUGUUUUUUUUCCUUUUUAAAAUUUUAGUUGUUAAACUGUACAAAUAUGCUCUUUACUGUUUCUGUCCAAGACAGGUUUGGUUUGGGAAAAUAAAAAAACAAAAGCAUUCAUCUCUUUAACAACGCUUCUUAUAGAGGUGUUAGCCUGCGGUUUCUAGAAGGCUCAGACUUCACUGUUCAACUUGUGGGUGUGUAAUGUUUACUUUGCUCAGUUAGAGGCUUGCGUUCCCUCAGCCUGGCGGCAGCUUUUGCCUAGCAAUGAGCGGCGGUUGCUUUUUAUUUCGAAUGCAACCGUCUGCUCUUUUUACUUUUUUAUACUUGCUGACAUUUGGGGAUUAUAUGUAUCGAGGAAUAUAGAAGCAUUAAUUUCGCAUGGGCCCCAUAAAAAUAUUUUUAAACCAUUCAGCCUCUAACAAAAAACACGAGCUAGACUCAAAGUGAGGGUCAUUUUACGAAGGUUUGAGAUUUACUUGAAAGGUUUUGUUGGUAUAAAGAAGAGAAAUAUGUUUGUAUUAUUGUAGAGAUGGACUCGGAAAGACGCGACUGAUUUAAUUGUAUAUUUUUGUGUAAGAGCACUGAAUUUGAUAUUUUCUAUAUGCCUUAAGUGUUGGAGAGAAUAAAUUAUAAACAUGGAUGAACCUUUUGGAUUAAAAUACCAGACAACAAAAAACAAUAAAUCUAUUUUUGGAUUUGGGA